AGCACAGGGCAAUGCUCUGUCCCCCUUUUGAGUGUGAGAGGGAGUGUAAAAAAACGAUCAGGCAAGGAGGUGGAUGUUUCCUGGGAUUCAGUGUCUUACAUUUCAGAGACGAGUGGACAGAAAGCCUGACAGGAUGCAGAAAGCUGUGAUUCUUGUUCCACUGCUGGUCCUGGGGUGGACCUGGACCCCCCAGGGGAUCCCUGUAACCACAGAACCUUUAUACCCCACACAGGAGAACUUUAAUCUGGCCCAGUUUUUGGGAACCUGGUAUGAUGUUGCCAUGGCAAGUACAUGUCCCCAUACGCAAAGUCAAAGGAGAGAUGCAGCCAUUGGUAAACUGGUACUGCAGAGCAGCCCUACUGCAGGCAAAGUCAAGGCAACUCGAACUGUACUCAGACAAGGAACAUGUAAGGAGCUAUCUGGGGACUAUGACCUGACCGCCACACCAGGACGAUUCCUGUUCCACGUUGCAAAGUGGAACGCAGAUGUGGAUGCGUACGUGGUUCACACAAACUACAAUGAGUAUGCGAUAGUCAUAAUGAGCAAGCAGAAAUCAUCAGGGGAUAAGAGCACCUCAGUUAAGCUUUACAGUCGAACUAAGACUGUGAGAGCCACAGUGCUGGAUGACUUCAAAACACUGGUCAGAGAACAGGGAAUGGCUGAUAGCACUAUUAUCACUAAACAGGACAAAGGUGACUGUGUUCCUGGGGAGCAGGUGGCAGAGCCGACAGUUCAGCCUGAGCCUCAGCGGGUCAAGAGAAACGUGGUGCCUACUUUGAGUGUUGCAGACGUAGAGGGUUCUGGUGAUGAAUUACCUCUUUUCAAUGGAACCGAGUCCUGUAAAGCAGCACCAGAUACAGGACCAUGUUUUGGGUUACACCAGCGUUACUUCUACAACGCCUCCUCUAUGAGCUGUGAAAUCUUCAAUUAUGGAGGGUGUUUGGGCAACCAGAACAACUUUGUAAAUGAGAGAGAAUGUCUGCAGAGAUGCCGCACCGAGGCUGUGUGCCGUCUGCCCAUGGCUGCCCAACCCUGCACUGGACAUCCACCCAUCUGGGUCUUUGACGCCUCUGUUGGUCUCUGUGUGCCCUACAAAGGGGGCUUCUGCCAGACCAAUGCCAACAAGUUCUACACCAAGGCUGAGUGUGAGGAGUACUGCGGGGUGGUGAAAGACGAGCCAGAGCUCCUGAAGGGAAACUGAAAAACAUUACUGCUCACCUGAACUCAUCUGUGUGUUUAUUUUGGGGGGGCAGUGUAAAAUGUGUAAAAAUAAGUAAUGGAGUGAAAAACAUCAAAUUUCCCUCAAGGGAUCAAUAAAAGUGAUUCUUCUCCUUGUUUUCUUCUUCUGUACCCUGUAAUACCUACAUUAUACAUUCCCAGGUUGUUACACCAUACAUCACAUUAUAUGUAUGUAUCAGUACACUGUACUGUAUUCCAUAAAAUGAUGCUGUAAAUAUGAAGAAAUGAUGCUGUACAUUGUGGGAUGUAAUCUAAAGAAUUAUCACUCCUUGUCCCAACCCA